AUGGUUGCUCUGGAUGAGGGUACGCUGACCGCGGCCGAGCCGACUCCAAAACCAGACGAGGGCACGCUGACAGCAGCCGAGCCGACUCCGAAACCAGACGAGGGCACCCUGACCGCAGCCGAGCCGACUCCCAAGCCUGACGAGGGCACUCUGACAGCAGCUGCGCCUACUCCAAGACCUGUAAGGCUUC